GAACUAACUAUAUACUGUAUAUUUCAAAAAAAUGAGAUCAUUUAUAGCUUUGUUACUCAUAUGCAACAUAAACGCUCAGAGUAUGAAUACCUCUGUAGUUUCCAGUACAAAAUGUGAAACUUGUGAGGUAUCAUGCAAUACAGGGGAAGAGCCUGACUUAUUCGUAAAUAAGAGCGUUGAAAUAUGUUUGGGUCCAAAUGGGAAAAGGGGUCGAGAGGGACCAAUUGGAGAAGCUGGUGAACCUGGGCCUCCUGGAGAAUCGUGUGGCUGCGAGAAAUACGAUGAAUUAUGGACGAAAGCUCAAUUUCUGAGGAAAAUGUUGUUUGCAUUCAAAGAAAACGCCAAGUUGGAUUUUCUUGUCUGGAAAAAAGCAAGCAACGGUUUGUGGUAUCGUUUAUUUGAAGACACCGCUACUUGGACACAAGCAAAAGCAAAUUGCGAAGCACAAAAUGCAAGAUUACCAUCCUCAGGAAUGAGAACAAAAUCGAUAAGAAAAGAAGUUUUUGGUGGUAUUCCAAACUCAAUUGGUAAUCUUUGGCUCGGAUAUAACGAUAUUGCUCGGGAAGGUAGAUGGAUUUGGUCAGACAACAUUGUAUUCCAUAAUUUCCAUUGGCGUCGUGGAGAACCAAAUAACGUUUGGGGGAUGGAAGAUUGCGCUCUUAUGACUAUAGAAUCUCAUGUUCGAGGAGAAAUAUCCUUAAAUGAUGUUCUCUGUACUAGUGAAGCUUUUGUUUCUCGGUACAUCUGUGAGUAUGUGCCAUGAGGUUACUGCAGAAUCAUAACAGAAUGAUUUGAUUUUUCGCAACAUUACGUUCAUUUUUCUUUUCAUGUAUCGUGACAAUUGACAAAUCUCCAAUGCUAUGACGUAGGGUUGGUAAUUUCUUUUAUAAUUCAAGACUUGUCUAGCUCAAAACGUCAGACCUUAGCCAUUACUUUUGUAGGGAUCAGAUAUGUCUACAUACAAUUUGUUGACGUCACUAUACUGGUAUUUCUUUUUAAUUCGACUGUUCAUUCAAGGUUUAUUCAAUGUCGAUUAUAGGCCCUUCAUUUCAUUGUACAUAGUUAAUCAUGACGGAUUAGUGGUGAUAUUUUAACACACCAAAUAAACCUAAUGUCAUUUAUCGGCCCAUUCAUAUUUGAAUUCAAGAUGUAGAUGCAAUAUAAGGAUUUACUUGAAUAUUCGAAUGCAGUGAUUGAUUUGUAAUAUUCUUAGGUUAUGUAUAUUCCUGAUUUUCUUAAACUUGCCUUGAUUUUAACAUGAAUAACACAUUUUCUCAAAAUCAUCAUGUUCAUUUAAUUUACAUUCUAAUAAUUAGACAAUGCUAUAUGAACUAUAAGUGACGGAUACUUUAUAUAUAUAGGCUUUAUGAGAUACCUGCAAUGUAUAGCGCUAAGCAUUACUAUGAGCGACAACUAAUUUCAAUAAAUUCGUACUAGCA